CGGUGCGGGUGCGGGGCCGGGCAGGGCGCACGGCGGGAGAUGGCGGCGGCGGAGCUGCAGGAGCUGCGGGCGCUGGUGGAGCGGGCGGGCGGCCGGCGGGCAGUGCUGCUGGUGGCCGAGGUGGCGGAGGGGGCCCCGGCGGCGCCCGCGCUGGCCGCCUUCGCCCGCGACCUCCUGGGCGACGAGGCGCCGCGGGACGCGGCGGUGCUGGACGCGGCGCUGCGGCGGCACUUUCCGGCGCCCGGCACGGUGCAGGCGGCCCGGUAUAGCCCCGGCAGCCCUGGCGACUGCCGCGCCGCCGCCUGCCGCGCCCUGCGGGCCGCCCUGCAGCACCCCGCAGAAGAGAUGAAAGACAGGGAGAGGUGGAGGAUCCCCUUYUUCCUGCAGUGCAUUUCUUGGAACCAGAGGAGCUGGAGAAAAGAUCACGAAGCAAAAGCUGAAAACAACAUUCAUGAAGAUGACCUGCAGGACCUUGAGGAAGAAGUGGCUCUGGCAAGCCUGUCCCCSAAUGGAAACUGUGAAGAAGCUGCUGGAGGCAAGGGAACUUAGAGCUGCUGGGCAUCACCCAGCACAAUCCACAUCCCAGAUCUGCCCAGUGGAUUUGGAGCAGUGGGAGGAGGAGCUGGUGCACRUCCACUCACCCUCUCCUCCAAAAACCCACAGCUCCAGGGAAAAACUGCUUKCUUGAACUCAUCAGGGUCUUUUGUAGUUGACAGCCCCUGGGGUCUGUGCGAGACGAGCCAUACCCUGCUGUGCCCUGCUGCCCUGGGGCAUCUGGAGCUGCUGCUGGACACUGGGCUUUUGAGAAGCCCUUCAGGGAUGUAUGCCAUAUCCUGGGCAAAAUGACUUUGGGACUUUGACAGUGAAAUGCARCCACUUGUUUGCAGAAUGAGGAAUGUUUCCUAAUUCUGAGCAAAAUCCCCUGCUGAGGUUGCUGGGGCUGGCCUCCCUGACAGACUGAUUCUGCUGCCUUGUUUUCCUGCUUUACUGGUGCUUGGAAGUUCCUGCAAUCUUUGUGAUCAGGRAAAAAAAYAMCACAAAACCAAAAGAAAAAAAUCCCAAGUAACAGCGUGUCUUGGAGACUCUGCAGGGACACUAAAUAUGAGGUGUUGGAUCUACCAGCUACUGAAAAGGUUUGAGUGUAACAGUGUAACAUGAAAAAUGAAGUAACAUCCCACCAUGGGUAGCAAGAAUAACACAAAAGAUACUGAGAGUAAUGGCAUCUCGAUCAGAGCAUGCCUUGGGAGCAGGAUCUGUGCCUCUGGCUUAUCCUGGUGCUMACAGACUGACUGAGGGACUGUCUGGGCUGGAGGGGUGGCAUKUAGGCACUAAGGUGUGACUGGUGCUGGAUGGGGUUACAGGAAAGGCCCAUCUUACCUGGGACAUCUCCACGGAUAUGUGGUAAAACAUCUUGGAGGUAACCUGCAGGACAACAAGUKGYGGUUGCUUCA